CCGCUGCGCCUCGCCGCCCCCCUCUUCGUCCCCUUCUUCCAGUGUGCCCUGACGGCCGCCCUCUGCCUGGGCCUCAGCCUGGGGGCGGCCUGCGGGCCCCCCUGCCCCGGCCUGCCCGCCCUCCGCCUCGACCCCAAGGUGUCCCGCAGCGUCCUGCCGCUCUCCGCCGUCUUCAUUGGCAUGGUCACCUCCAACAACCUCUGUCUCAAGUACGUUGGCGUGGCCUUCUACAACGUGGGGCGCUCCCUCACCACUGUCUUCAACGUGCUGCUCUCCUACCUGCUCCUCAAGCAGACCACCUCCCUCUACGCCCUCCUGGCCUGCGGAGUCAUCAUAGGUGGCUUCUGGCUGGGUGUUGACCAGGAAGGAGCAGAGGGCACUCUGUCAUGGACAGGUAUAUUCUUUGGGAUCUUAGCAAGCCUAUGUGUUUCGCUCAAUGCCAUCUACACCAAGAAGGUGCUGCCUGUGGUGGAUGGUAGCAUCUGGCGCCUGACCUUCUACAACAAUGUCAACGCUUGUGUCUUGUUCUUCCCCCUCAUGAUGCUGCUGGGCGAGUUCCGCACCCUCUACCACUUUGACAAGCUGGGGAGCCCCAGUUUUUGGGGCAUGAUGACCCUGGGGGGAGUGUUUGGCUUUGCCAUUGGGUAUGUGACUGGACUUCAGAUCAAGUUCACUAGCCCGCUCACCCACAACGUGUCUGGGACAGCCAAGGCCUGUGCCCAAACAGUGCUGGCUGUUAUCUACUUUGAGGAGACAAAGAGCUUCUUGUGGUGGACGAGUAACUUGAUGGUUCUGGGUGGCUCCUUUGCCUACACAUGGGUGAAAGGACUGGAGAUGAGAAAGGUGCAAGAGGAUCCUAAUGUCAAAAGCGGUGAAAGAAAUGAGACUGGCGUGUAGGCAGCUCCUGCACCUCUGUUUCUGUGCCCAGGGGAUUAACCGUUGGUGCUCCUUUCCUCCUGGGUACAAGAAGAGCAACGAGCGGGGAAAAAAUUCACCGUCAAAGUGUAUGGGGAACUGUGUCAGGAACCAGAGCCGAAGACCUGACUGGAUCAUGUUUUAUCCAUGGGAUCUCACCCUGUAUCAGAGUUGGGGAGAGCAUGUGUUGUAGAGAGCAAUGAGGGUUUUUUGUGAU